GGGGGCGAUAUUUAACUUGGGAUCGCGCGGGGCCGGCGGAGCAGUCGCGCGCUGGCCGGGGAGCAACGCGAGGCGCCGAGAGGACCCCCGGGGAGACGCCGCCGCCCAGAGAGAGAGAGCGAGAGAGACCCGGGCAGGUAGACUGGACGCGCCUCUGCAGCCCUCGCCGGCGUGCACGGGGGGAGCCAGUUGCAUUGCAGCCAGCAGCCAGCCAGCCGCCCGCCCUGCCUCUCCCGGGCUGCCGCCGCGUGGAUGAGCGAUCGGGCUGGCCGGCGGCGUGGCCAUAGAGAGAGCCCCUCGGCGGCUGCACUUCGGCCAGCAGCGGCUGCGCCUUCGCCGCUCUGCAACCUCCCUCGACCGGACUGAUCGCCGUCGCGGCGCCCGCGGAGCGAAAGCAUCUGGGGCUCCGGCUCAGAUCUCGCCCGGAGCUUGGCGUCUGCGGAGGGAGAAGGAUGGUCUCGGGGACAAGUUGGGGCCCCCACUGAACCCUGACCGGCCGGACUGCUGCUGCUGCUGUUGCUUUCCGUCUCCUGGGGGGAAAGAAAAUCCCCUCCAUCUUCUGUCCCGUCCCCCCCAGCACCCUAUAAGGAGCCUUGCAAGAUGAAGAAAAGUUCACGUGGAGCCUUUUUGCAGUUUUGCUGGGGAUCUGUGGCCGUCUGAGCGCAAGAAAGGGGCCCCCGAAAGAGCAGGCAUCAAGACAUUGACUGCGCUUCGAAUCCCCCCCUCUGACUGCAAAGGGGGGGAGGGCUGGAAGAAGUGGGAAGACCCCCCCCAAACAAGGAAUCCAGAGCCGUUUCUUGGGACUAUCUGUGCUCCCAACCCUCCUCCACACCCACCUCCAGCGGCCCCCACCCCCCUUUCGCUCCAGCCAAUGCUUUUCACAGUUCCCCCAUCUAUAAAAGAAGGUUUUAUUCUUGGGCUCCAAUCUCACGCCAAACCCUGUCAUACCGUCUAGACAAGUUGUCGUGGGUCUAAGUCCAGCUGUCACCAUGGGGAUGGCGAGUGGUCCGCUGUGAAUUUUUUGGAGAGAGAGAGAGGAGAAGAAGGAGAAGAAGGGUGCAGGGGAAUUACCCAGUGCAAAAGAAUUUGGUUGCCCUUUGGGAAGGUUCCCUGGGCAGGAGGCGACUGUCUGCUCCCCGCCCGCCCGGCCACCCCCUCUUUGCUAUUCACCCUGCUUGCUUAGUUAAUAGGGAAGGGAGAUCCAAAGGGGGACCUCACAUGUGUCUGUCAUAUAACCCCUUGGCGAUCUAUUUAAAGCCAGAGGCCUUGGUGGACUUUGUCUCAGCCUAUUUAUGAAUCCCUUGGACUUGGCAAGUAGGACCGUGGAGUAUUAACUCGGAGCUUUGGAACAAUCAGCGAAGCAAGUCAAUUGCAGCGCCUGGCUGCUCUCUGUGGGGGGAACAGUCUGCCAGCGCCAGUGGACAGAGCAGAGCUGGGUCAAGGGAGAGCAUGAGGGCCUCCCAAGCACUCCUGCUGUGCUCUUCCUUGGCGGUGCUGUUCCAGCCCGGCUCCUGCCAGCCCUACCUCCGCCUCAGACCCUCCCCUAGCGACAAUCUGCCCAUCAAGGACCUCAUUGAGCAUCCGGACCCAGAGUAUGACCCCAAGGAGCAAGACCUGGAUGACCGGACUUUGCGGAAGAAGCUGGGGAGCAAUUUCGACCCUGCCUUCAUGUCAGUGGUCACCCCGGUCCAGGUGAACCUCUCCAGCCCUGACCCGCUGCACAGGGUCAAGACGGCAGGACCGUUGCCCAGUGAGCUGAAAAAGCUGGAACUGGGCGAGACGCCUUACGGAGCAAGGCUUAAGAUGGGCAAGAAGGCACGGAGGAAGUUCCUGCAGUGGCUGUGGGCGUACACCUACUGUCCGGUGCUGUACACCUGGAAGGACUUGGGCAUCCGGUUCUGGCCUCGUUAUAUCAAGGAAGGGAACUGUUUCUCUGAGAAGUCUUGCUCCUUCCCGGAGGGCAUGUACUGCAAGCCGGUCAAAUCGGUCACCAAGACCUUCUUGAGAUGGUACUGCCAAGGGUGGUCGAGGCAGAAAUAUUGCACCUGGAUCCCCAUGCAGUACCCUGUUAUUUCAGAGUGCAAAUGUUCUUGUUAGCCUCCCGUUUUGGGGCGCGCUCUCUGCACGUGUUCUCUCCGUUUUAUGUGGCUCCGCUCCUGGGAUGACUUCUGCUGGAAACCACUUGGUGCCUUACGGUGGGGCGGGACAGGCCCUGUUUGUGGGACCAUAUGUGGGUCUCCACAGUGAGGCUUUGGAUCCAGCCAGUGUUGGUCGGGGACAUGGCAGGUGCUAGUCAUUUCGCAGCCCCGAGGGAUCGGAUCAUCUGGUCAAGGAUCGGGUGGUCUUAUGGCACUUCUUGCACUCCAUCCACACAAAAACACACGUUCACAAGAGACCUUGCUUAUCCGUUUCUCUGUCCUCUGGUUUUUUUCCCCUUCAGCGGCCCCUUGCACUGUGUUUUUUUUUUUUUUUUUGGUAAUAAUUAUUUUAUUUUAUUUGAAAUGGGGGAAAAAACAAAAACCCGAAAAAGGAACUGCAGUGCAGGCCAGAGGAAAAAAAGCUAAGCACUACAAGAUGUUUAUUUUUAUACAUAUAUAUCAUUCUAACAAAAAAAUACCAUCUUUGUAAAUAUAGAGAUUUUAAAAGGGGAGGAAAUUCAGCUGUGUUUUUUAUGUUAAUUGUUAUUAUUAUUAUUAUUGUUAUUAUUAUUAUUAUUAUUUACUAAUUCAGUGAUGCAGGACCACAUUUUGAACUCAGUCCUUUAGGAACUGAACACUUUUUCUUUCAGCAACUGAGAAGGGAGAUUUCCCCCCAUAUAGAUGGUUUAUGAUGCCCAGCCUACCCUGUGCGCCUUUAAGAUGUUUUAUUUCCAUUUCCUGUAUUUUCUUGCCUUUUGAGUUUGUCAGCAGUCUGCAGACUAAUUUUCAAAGCGCUCUAGGGUUGUUGUUUUUUUAAAUGUAUAUGGUUUAAGGAGAAUUUUUUUAAAAGUAGGAAUUUAUGAGAAGAGUGUUGGAGUUUUUUUUGUUUUGGAAUACAUAUAGUAAUGUAGAGAUGUUAAAAGACAUUUCUUGUGUACAGUUUAUUUAUUUUUGAUGUUUGUGUAUAGAAGAAAAAAAAAGCUAGAGAUUGUGCCAGAAAAUAUUGAAAAUGUUUACUUGAAUAUUCCUUUUGCAACAUAUCAGUGUACAUAUCAACCAUGACUGAUCAAAACAUUUUUAGCAAUAAACUCUACCUUUGAAGAAA